AGUUGAACUGGAAACUGAGCUGAGGGAGAACUGAGGAACUGGAAAUAUGAAGAAAGGGGAAUGGACCCAGUGGAUUUCCCCAGAUGAAUUCAAUCUAUCUUUAUUCAGUUGGGAGAUUAUAGGUUAUAUAAUCACUGCCACCGCCCCCUCCCCCCCAGAUAAAGCAAUCUCUUCCUUGAUGGGAUCCAUACCUGGAAAACUUGAAUCCCAGGGUGUUCAGAUUUCUGCACAGCUGAUUUCCCAGAAUGUAUUUAGGCAGGAUCUGAUACCCUGGACACAACCCCUCGACCUGGCACCAUGGAGCUGAGAGAGGCCUUCACCAUCUUUCUGGCACUCUGCUUGUCUUGUCUGCUCAUCCUUAUCGCCUGGAAAUGGACCAGCAAAGGGGGAAAGCUUCCCCCUGGUCCCACACCAAUACCUUUCCUGGGGAACCUGUUGCAAGUCCGUACUGAUGCCGCUUUUCAGUCUUUCAUGAAGCUCAGGGAGAAAUAUGGCCCAGUCUUCACUGUGUACAUGGGUCGCCGGCCGGUAGUUGGUUUAUGUGGACAUGAAGCAGUGAAGGAAGCCCUGGUAGACCGAGCCGAUGAGUUCAGCGGCCGUGGAGAAUUGGCUUCAAUAGAGCGAAACUUCCAAGGUCAUGGUGUAGCUCUAGCUAAUGGAGAACGACGGAGGAUUCUCCGACGCUUCUCCCUGACCAUUCUUCGGGACUUCGGGAUGGGGAAGAGGAGCAUUGAGGAGAGGAUCCAGGAGGAGGCUGGCUUCCUACUAGAGGAAUUACGCAAGACCAAGGGGGCCCCCAUCGAACCUACUUUCUUCCUGAGCUGCACUGUCUCCAAUGUCAUCAGUUCUGUCGUCCUUGGAAGCCGCUCUGAAUAUGAGGACGAGCAGUUCCUGAAGCUGCUGCAGAUGAUCAACGAGAGUUUCAUCGAGAUGAGCACACCCUGGGCCCAGUUAUAUGACAUGUAUUCUGGAAUCAUGCAAUAUUUGCCAGGAAGACACAAUCGCAUCUACUACUUGGUAGAGGAGCUCAAGGACUUCAUUGCCUCCAGGGUCAAGAUCAAUGAAGCAUCCCUUGACCCCCAAAACCCUCGAGACUUCAUUGACUGCUUCCUCAUCAAGAUGCACCAGGAUAAAAACAAUCCCCACACGGAAUUCAACCUCAAGAAUUUGGUCCUCACCACUCUCAACCUCUUUUUUGCUGGCACUGAGACUGUGAGCUCUACGCUACGCUAUGGGUUGCUGCUAAUGAUGAAGCAUCCUGAGGUAGAAGCCAAGAUCCACGAAGAGAUUGACCAGGUGAUUGGACCACACCGGAUCCCAAGUGUCGAUGGCCGGGCCAAGAUGCCCCACACAGAUGCCGUGAUCCAUGAGAUACAGAGACUGACAGAUAUCGUGCCCAUGGGACCCCAUCAUGUCAUCCGGGACACUCAUUUCCGAGGCUACCUUCUGCCCAAGGGCACCGACGUGUUUCCUCUGCUUGGCUCAGUCCUCAAAGACUCCAGUUACUUCCGCUACCCAGAUGCCUUCCAUCCCCAACACUUCCUGGAUGAGCAGGGCCGCUUCAAGAAGAAUGAAGCCUUUGUGCCUUUUUCUUCUGGAAAGCGCAUCUGCCUGGGCGAGGCCAUGGCCCGCAUGGAAAUCUUUCUCUGCUUCACCUCCAUCCUUCAGAACUUCUCCCUACGCUCGCCGGUGCCACCCGCUGACAUCGAUGUCACGCCCAAGGUCUCGGGCUUUGGCAACAUCUCACCGACCUAUGAGCUCUGCCUCACGGCCCGCUGA